AAAAUAUUUGGAGUGGAAUAGGAAAUCGAUCGAUAGAUAUUUAUUCGUAAAUAAUUAAAUAUUCAUAUGAAGGUUAAGCACUGUUCUAUUUUAAACAAGCUUAUAAUUCCAAAACAAAAAGCGUGGAGAACCUUACCUACCAGUGCACCCUUGCCCUUGAAAAUAUAGUGCAAUGAGUCCUGUUGAAAGUGUACCAGUUGCUGUCCUCAACAAUGUUGAUGAUUAUGUGGAGUUACUUUAUGAUGAUAUCCCGGAGAAAAUCAAAGGAUCUGCACUAAUAUUACAGCUUGCUAGAAACCCAGACAAUUUGAUUGAACUGGCCCGUAAUGAGGCUUUACUAAGUGCCCUGUCUCGGGUACUCAGAGAAGAGUGGAAAAGAAGUAUAGAAUUAAGCACCAAUAUUGUGUACUCAUUCUUCUGCUUUUCUACCUACAAUGAUUUCCAUCCAAUCAUCAUUCAAUACAAAAUUGGCUCACUAUGCAUGGAUGUAAUUGAUUACGAACUGAAAAGGUAUGACCAGUGGAAAGAGAAAGUUGAAGGGAAGAAACAGAUACUUACUCCUGACAAGAGUGAAUUACCAAAGAGCCGUAUUCCAGAGCCGAAGCGCCGUCCGAAGUCGGGCACGUGGGCCGUGGCUGAUGUAAACCUACAAAAAAGUCGCACCUUAGUCUCUAGCUACCAUGAGGACCUGUGCAAUGCCUCAGACGACUCUCUCUCCAAAAACGACGAGGAACAACUGAGAAGAAAGCUUAAAACUCUUUCUAAACGGCAAGAACAGCUUCUGAGAGUAGCUUUCUACAUGUUACUGAAUGUAGCAGACAAUGUCAAAGUUGAGGAGAAGAUGCACAAGAAAGAUAUUGUUGGUCUCCUCAUCGGCGCCAUGGAGAGGCAUUCUAAUAUUGACCUACUUAUCCUCAUUGUUUCAUUCUUGCAAAAACUUUCAAUUUUCCUAGAAAAUAAAAACAGCAUGGCAUCCAAAGGCAUUGUUGAAAAGUUGGCGCCAUUAUUGGAGUCGCCAAAUGCAGAUUUAGUUAAUGUGACGCUGAAACUAUUAUUCAAUCUUACAUUUGAUACUAAACUACGCAACAAAAUGAUUAAAAUGGGCUUACUCCAGAAGUUUAUCAACUUCACAAGUGACGAUAAGCACAUUAAUUUGGCAAUGAAAAUCCUGUACCAUCUGAGUAUGGAUGAUAGAGUCAAGUUAAUGUUUACGCAGUCGGAUUGCGUCAAACUGUUGACGGACAUGCUUCUAUUGAACGUGAACAGCGAGAGCGGAAUCGGCGGCGGCGCGAGUACCGACGUGCUUUUAGCUUUAUGCGUGAACCUCGCGUGGUGCGAGCGCGCGGCGCAGCAGAUGGCCGCCGAGGGGCGCCUCAGGGAGCUGCUGACGCGCGCCUUCCGCCAUCGUAACACACUGCUUAUGAAGCUGGUCAGGAACCUGUCACACCACGCGCAGAAUAAACCGCUCUUUGUGGAAUUCGUAGGAGACAUUGCCGGGGCAGUGACUAGCAGCGACGCCGCCGAAGAGUUCGUGAUCGAGUGCAUCGGCACUCUCAGCAACAUACUCGACUUCAACGGCGCGCUCGACAUCUUCGCCGUCGUCGAGCGAUACAACCUCAUUCCAUGCAUCAUGAAGAUAUUAGACCCUGACAGCAGCAGCGACCCGGAGCUGGUGCUGGAGGGCGUGGUGCUGGCGGGCGCGCUGGGCGCGGAGCCGCGCUGCGCGGGCGCGCUGGCCCGCGCGGGCGCGCCCGACGCGCUGGUGGCGCUGCUGCGCCUGCGCCAGGCCGACGACGACCACGUGCUGCAGACCGUGUUCGCCUUCCGCCAGCUGCUCGCGCACCGCCCCACCGCCGAGUACCUCGUGUCGCGCACAGAAGCUCCCGCUUAUCUCAUCGACCUCAUGCAAGAUAAAAAUGUGGAGAUCAGAAAGAUGUGCGACUCGUGUCUUGAUAUUAUUUCUCAAAUGCAAAACGACUGGGCAGCUAGAAUUAAGGUGGAGCGUUUCCGCUGCCACAAUGGGCAGUGGCUGUCGGUGGUGGAGAGCCUGGGCGCGGAGGGCGCGGGCGCGGGGGACGCGGCGGACGAGCUGCCCCCCUACCUCUCCGCCGAGUACCUCACCACGCACCGCCUUGCCACCUCCGAUUCCCAGAUAUCACUUAACGACGAUUCGGACAGUUUGUCUGGUGAAGUUGAUAUUAAUCGCUCUAAUGGAAGAAACCCCACGGAAAGACAAGCGGAUGAAAUGUACGGAACAAAUGCCCUGGCUGAGAAGGCUGUUGAAAACGACGGAUUGUAUACAAAUAACCUCAAAGUAUUUUCGUAAAAUAACUGAUCUGUUUACUUAUUCUAUGGUACGGAGGUACCACUUGUAUUCAACCACACUAAGGUGGAUCUACCUAUAUCCUAUAUACUGGAUGGACUCAAGAGCAAUAGAAAGUGGUAAUUUUUAUGGAAAUUCUAUAUAAUAUGACACAAUUUAAUCACUUGUAAUGUGUUAAUGACUAUAGUUCGUUUUUUUUAGCAUUAGAAAGGAGUUGAAAGAAGGUAAGCGAUCUUGACAUGUCUUUUAAUUGAAAAACGCUUUUUAAAAAUCAGUAACUAUUACUGAAAGCAGAAGAAUAUAAAUUAUCGUAUUAGAUUCAUAAUUGUUACAUAUUUGCCGUAACUUAUUUUUAAAAUGUGUUUUUCAAUUAAAAGACACAUCAAGAUUGUUUACCUUAUUUCUAAUGCUAUGCUAAAAAAACGGACCAUAAUGUGCAAAUCAAAUCAAAAUAGUCAUGUUAAUGUUCAAUGCCAGGUUUAAGUAGUAUUUAAUUCCUUCAAUACUUGCCAUAUUUACCGCGUACCAUUCGGCAAGAAACCGGAAUUGUACUUACGUUAACCUGUUUGAUUUUAGUACCCUAUUGUCAUAUAGCGUACCUUAGUAAAAAAAAGUAUUACAAUAUAGUCGGGCUAACCAACCCUUUACCACUACCUU